CGGACUUCAAAGUUGACAGCUUGGAACUUCCCGACUAGUUGUCCCACAGACUUCACACAGACCGGCCAUAUCUUACAUGUCCUUGAGACUCGAGAGUCAGACAGAGAUUCGCAAAGUUCCUGUAGGCUGUGAUGGGAAAUAUAAACCCACCAAAUUCCAUGGUACUCGUGUUUGACACUUGACCCACACCUCCUGACGGCGCAGUAGCCAUCCAACUCACGAGAAACAAUGUCAUCAGUAUUCGAAAUUCCUAUUUGCGUCCCUGAUCUCACUGAUCAGAUAGUUAAAGACAACCCCACCCCGGUUGCAGCGGGAGAUUAUGCGGAUAUUUACAAGUGCAGCUGGAAUUCGCCUUCUGAAUCUUCUCCAGUGGCAGUCCAGGUCGUUAGAGUUCGGCAUGACUCUGAGUUUCUCCCUAAAAAAGGCGACGAGUUGAGACAAGAAAUCAAAGUCUGGGGACGACUUCAGAACGAACACAUUUUGCCUCUGCUUGGGAUCGUCCACGGAGAUGACCCUUUACCUGGCCUUGUGUCACCUUGGAUCAACAAUGGAAGCUUAAUCGAGUUAUUGAAAAGCCAUCACGAGACCUUGACACGCCAUGAACGUUUUCGCCUGCUACAAGAUAUUGCCUCAGCACUGCAGUAUUUGCACGCUAUUGCAGUGGUUCACGGAAAUCUAAGUGGUCAUAACAUUUUGGUUGACUCAAGUUUACGUGCCUUUGUCAAGGGUAGCGGCCUUUCCACAAUGCUCGAUGAGAUCGCAGAAUCAGAAUCUUACGAGGCCCGUCAGGGUGAUGUUCCCUGGAGAGCUCCCGAGUUGAUGAAGGGUAAUUCGAGCGGCCUUCCCACGUCCCAAAGCGAUGUGUGGUCUUUCGGUUGCAACAUGAUCCAUGUACUUUCUGGACAGGAACCCCCGGAAAUUCCAGCUGCCACUGCAGCAGCCCAUCCGUAUCAAAGUCGUGUCCCACCAUUCCCACAAAACGUCAGCAAGGAAGAUUUAUCUUUCCUCCAGCAAUGCUUCUCUAUUCGGCCAGCAGAUCGCCCUUCCGCAGAUCAAAUCCUAGCCUUUGUGCGCGAAGAAUGCUUGCGUUGUAUGCCCGAGGUGCCACAGACCGCGGAAGCUACGGAGUUCUCCCAAUGGCAUUCCUGAUGUCAUGGCUGAGUUCAAACGACGUGUUUUUGAUCAGGUUCCAUCACAUUUGAUCUAUAUCCCAAAAAUGAAAUUGGUCUCGCGGGAAGAACUCAUUACAAUACUCCAACCAGAGAAGAUCACCGAGGAGGACAUACGUAGAUGCGGGGGAUGGUCGAGGAAGUC